AAUAAACACGACAUGAAAAGGAAAUAACAGCGGCCUCUAGAGGCCAAAACAGUCCUAGUCCUAACACCAGUUAGUUCAAAAUGCAUUUUGAACUAACUGGAGCUUGUUUAUGCACUUAGCAAGAGUUCUCACUAGAACAAGAAAAUAUGACCACAUCACUCCGUCUUAUCCACACUGCAUUGGCUCCCAAUCAAAUUUCGUAUUGUUUAUAAAAUACUACUAUUGACCUUUAAAGCGCUGAAUGGUCUUGCGCCACAGUACCUGAGCAAACUUCUAGUCCUUUAUGACCCGCCACGCCUACUUAGAUCAAAAGGUGCAGGCUAUUUGCUGGUACCUCAUAUAGUGAAGGCUACAUCAGGGGGCAGAGCCUUUUCUUACAAAGCCCCACAGUUAUGGAACAGCCUUCCAAGUAGUGUGCGGGACUCAGACACAGUCUCAGCGUUUAAGUCUAGGCUGAAAACAUAACUGUUUAGUCAAGCCUUUUGUUAAGUUUAUUAAGUAAAGGAGUAGAUCUGGAGGGUCCUCAGGCAUAGAGUGUUUUGGUAAACUGAGAUGUAUGGAUGCUGUCAGCCCCCACUCACUUGCUCACUUGAGUUUGUUGAUGGUGUAGUGGCUGGCUGCUUUAUGUCCCGGGGCGCCCUCAUGCCUGCGUUACCUUCUGGCUCUCCUGAUUUAGUUAUGUCGUCAUAGUUAGUUUUGCCAGAGUCCCUGCUUGCACUCAGCACAAAAUGUAUACUGUUCUUACUCAUCAGGUGAUUUUGGGCAUACCUAAUAACCUGUGUUUUCUCUCUCUCUCUCUCUCUUGCUCCCCCCCAAAACUCUGUCUGUCCCUCUGAGUUACAUGUCAAGCCUGAGAUCAAGAUGCUGACCUCUUCUGCUCCUCGGACGUACUUGAUCCACCCUGAUGCCCUAUGUCUGAUUGGAGUUUCAUCACAUCACUCCCGUGGAGGACGGCCCCAUAUGGACAGUUGAAAGUCGGACUUGGAAGAUGGCUCUGGACACUUACAGUAAUGCUUUUAUGGCUGAGGACUACAGUUGACUUGCUAACUUUAGGACUGCAGUUAUUAUGAACAGUUUUGCACUUAAGUUUCCAUCAAUGAAGAGUUUAUAACUUCAACAAAACAGACCAUGUUAAAACUGUUAAAAUGUUAUAAUCUGUUAUCACCCAAAUGAGGAUGGGUUCCCUUUUGAGUCUGGUUCCUCUCAAGGUUUUAUUCCUCAUGUCGUCUGAGGAAGUUUUUCCUUGCCACCAUUGCCACAGGCUUGCUCAUUGGGGGAUUGACUAAGGAUAGACUAGGGAUAAAAUUAGUCACUAAAAUUCUGUAAAGCUGCUUUGCGACAAUGUCUAUUGUUAAAAGCGCGAUAAAAAUAAACUUGACUUGAUUUUCCUGUAUCUUGAUUGGCUCACUGCUCCUGACACCAUGAUGUAGCCAGAUGUACAAAAGAUUGUUGAAAAAUAGAGGAGUGCUAAGCCUAUUGUUGCAAAAGUAAUAAACAUGAUAUCUAAGGGAAAGCAUUUUUUCCUGUGUUCCAUUGCUGACAACCGAGCAACAUAAACAACUUGCUCAACAGUGGCUAUAUAACUUGGUCACAAGUUACACUUUAGAAACACUCUCCUUUGGUAGAAAGUCUGUUGCUUGCAAGGACCAUUUUGUGCCUGAUUGCUUUGAAAGGAAUCUACAGGCUGAGCUCUUGGGUUACGCAGGUCAUGUUAGACUUGAAUCCAAUGCUGUGCCAACAAUAUUCCAACACUAUCCACAGAAAAGGGAUUCAGGCCAUGCAAGCUGAUCAGCUAGAAUAGAAUGUGCUCAAAGCUAAUUUUAUAUAUAUAAACACACAACAGCAAAGGGAGAUGUUGAAGGACAACUCCAGAACCUGACCACCAUUAUAGUCUACUUUCACAUGGAGUAGAUCACCAGGUUUUGUAGAGGACAGCACCAGGUCUUCUCCAGAUCACAUUGUCUUGGGUUUGAACUUUGCAGGAUACAGGAACAGUCUGCAAAAUCACAAUAGCUGGGAUCCAUUUUCUCCUUUGCAGUCGUUCCGAGUGAAAACGCGCUCACCUUUUCUGAAGUUCUUGUGCUUGACUUUACAUGGUCUCUCUACCUAAACCCUUUGCUGUGACUGUACAACGUACUUGGCUCUUGGAGGUCUCAGGAGAUCCAGUCCAAUACAAAAUCGCCAUUACAUAGCUCACAUUGGUGUGACCUUUGUGGUUUCAUGAGGAGUGUGUCUGUAAGUCAACGCAAAUGUGUUAAGCCAUUGGUUUAGAGAGCCAUUGACUUGAGAAGAAUGAAGAGCUUGUUUCAUUGUCUGGACAAAUAUUUCAACAACACCUUUAGUCCUGGCCACUUGCGAUGAACAUCAAUGACUACAAGGAACAUAUAAUUCUCUUGUGGGGCAGUGAAGUGUACUGUAUGUGAACUCAUAGUCAUGGCUUUUCUGCUCAUGCUUGUUGUAAAGAGUGGUUAUUUGAGUUACUGUAGCCUUCCUGUCAGUUCGAACCAUUCUGCCCAUUCUCCUCUGACUUUUUUUCAUUAACAAGGUAUUUCUGCUCACAGAAAGAAAGAAAAGCACAACUUUAUUCAUCACACACUUGUGAAAUUCCUCUGUGCAUUUAACCCAUCUGAAGCAGUGAACACACACACGUACCCAGAGCAGUGGGCAGCCAUGCUAACAGCACCCAGGGAGCAGUUGGGAGUUAGGUGCCUCGCUCAAGGGCACCUCAGCCCAAGGCCAUCCCGUAUUAACCUAACCGCAUGUCUUUGAACUGUGGGAAAAACCAAAGCAAACUCACAAACUCCACACAGAAAGGCCCCGCCGGCCGCUGGGCUUGAACCCAGAACUUUCGUGCUGUGAGACGACUGUGCUAACCACUUACACCACCGUGCCACCCGCUGAUGAUUACUGCAUGUUUGUUGUUUGGUUUUUGCACCAUUCUGUAUAAACUCCAAAGACUGUUGUCCCAUGAGAUCAGCAGUUUCUGAAAUACUCAGACCAGCCCAUCUGGCACCAACAACGAUGUCACAGUUAAAGUCACUGUGAUUUCAUUUUCCUCUAUUCUGGUGUUUGAUGUGAACAUUAAAUGAAGCUCUUGACCCAUGCCUACAUGAGUUUAUAAAUUGCACUACUUCCUCAGGAUGAGCCAAUUAGAUAUUUGCAUGAUUGUGCAGAUGUAUAGGGGUACCUAAUAAAGUGGUCAGUGGAGAUACAUUACAGUAUGGGGUGUAUGAGGUGGCCUGGGUAUGUGUCAGACUCCUGGUCUGAACUUUUAUAAUGAAAUGUUGAUUAAAUUGCCCCAUUUUGAUUACCAGUGCGACUGCAUCCCAAAAUUUUUUACUAGUUUCUAAUAGAGUGCCAAGUGAGAUUUUCUGAUCUUUCUGGAAUGGAACAAAACCAGAAACUAAAGUAAACCUUAUAAAAUAUUAUGAGGUGACUAUUAAUGUCAACUAUAAGCAACAGUUUCUUGAUUUAUGAAAGACAACAUUGUUAAAACAGCUUGCAAGAAAGGUCCACAGGACAUCUGGUUCAGGAUGUUGAUGAACUUGAGUGAAAUAGCUGUAGAACUUCAGGAGCUGAAUAAAGUUACCUUUAUUAACAAGGAUCGCACUUGUUAGUACUGCUGCCUAUGAGGCCAACAAGUUAAUUAAAUGUUAUUCUGUGUACUAGGUGUUUUAUGCCAUUCUUUCUUUCUUUCUUUCUCUCUCUCUAACACUGUCAGUGGUGACACAUGCUUGGAUUCACCUGCUCGGAUUCACCUGCUCUAAUUCCUUAAUAGGAUUGCUGAUUCUCCAGAAAUCCUAUUAGAUCCUGAUUAAGUAAGAUCAACCCAUUAGGUUUGGCAAAAAUAAUGCAAAAAAAGGUCUCAUAUAGUUCUACUAAUUAUUUUUUAUAUUACUGAUAAUUAAUCCUUCUUUUCACUGAUUGUGUCACAAAAUAAUCUACUAACUAGACAUUUCGGAAAUUAGAAAGCUAAAGCUCAGUACCCAUACCAGAAGCAGUACCCCAAACUGUAGCUCAUUUGCAUUGUUAAAUACUUAUGGACUUUUCACUUAAUAUUUUCUGCUUGGAAUCUUACUCUGUCUGUCCUUUCUGCACUGAUUCUUAAUUUCAGUUUACCUUCUCUCCAUGUCCUGUUCUCAAUCACCCCUCCUCUAUCAGUUCACUUCCUAUUGCUCAUCUUUUCUCUCAGUUUCCAUCUUUAAGCUGAUCCCUUCAUCCUUGAUCUCCUUCAUCCGAUCCAAUCCUCAUCUGUUCCUCUCUAGAGGAAGGGAAAGAAAAAGAGUGUGUUUUUCCAUAGGUAAGUUGCCUGUACCAGUCUCAUAAAGGAACACAUGAAAGGCAGAGAUUGAGAGAGCUCAGAGGACAGUCUGUUGGAUUGAGGUGUGCUAAAAAGCGGUGUUUCAGUUAAGAAGAGAAACAUUAAUUCUUCAGGAAUAACAGAGAAAAGGCACUUUGAGUUGGAAAAAAAAGGUCGCCUUAUACAGAUAUCUAUUCAUUCCCAUCAGUAAUUACAGCCAUCAUCUGCUGCCAUGGGUGAAAUGGAGAAGAUGAAAAAGGAGGUUGAAUCCCUGAAGACACAGAUCGAGGCAGCACGAAAGGCAGCUCUUGACACAAACUUGGCUGCUGCUGCCUCUGGGGUGACAGCUACGCCCACCAUACAGCUGAAGACCAGGAAGACACUGAAAGGCCACUUGGCCAAAAUCUAUGCCCUGCACUGGGCCACAGACAGCAGGCUAAUGGUCAGUGCCUCACAGGAUGGAAAACUCCUUAUUUGGGAUACGCACUCAGGAAACAAGAUCAAUGCAGUUCCUCUGAAGUCCUCAUGGGUGAUGACCUGCGGAUAUUCCCCCUCUGGAAACCUUGUGGCCAGUGGUGGUCUUGACAACCUAUGCACUGUAUACAAUCUGAAGACGCCCAUCGUUAAGAUUGUAAAGGAAUUAGACGCACACACAGGUUAUCUCUCCUGUGCCCGCUUUCUUAGUGACAAUGAAAUCCUCACAUCCUCCGGUGACACCACCUGUGUGCUGUGGGAUAUAGAGUCUGGCAAACAGAAGACCGUUUUUCUUAACCAUGUGGGUGACUGUAUGUGUCUGGCUCUGUCCCCUGAUAUGAACACAUUUAUUUCUGGGGCAUGUGACUCAUUGGCUAAACUGUGGGACAUCAGGGAUGGCAAAUGUAAACAGACAUUCCAGGGCCACACCAGCGACGUCAAUGCCAUUGCUUACCUGAACAAUGGAAACGCUUUUGUGACUGGCUCAGACGAUUGUACCCUCAAGAUAUUUGACAUUCGCGCUGAUCAGGAGGUGAUGUGCUAUGAGGACAAUCAAGCAAACAGUGCUGUGACGUCCCUGGCCCUGUCUAUGUCAGGCCGACUCAUAUUUGCUGGAUAUGACAACUUUAACUGCAACAUCUGGGACUUGCUGAAGGGAGAGAAAGUGGGAGUGUUGUCUGGGCAUGACAACAGAGUAAGUUGCAUCGGAGUACCACUGGAUGGCAUGUGUGUGUGCACUGGCUCAUGGGACAGCUUUCUAAAGGUCUGGAACUGAUCUGGUCCAACCACCCCAAAAAAGGGAAGGAGGAGGGGGAAGAAAUGAAAGAGAAAGGAAGGAUAAAGUUGGAGAGGAGAAGUAGAGAGACUAAGAAAGAAGAAAGUCAUGAAAAAGAUCAUGGCACUUGUCAAACAUUAAUGUCACUAAACUCUUUCUCUCCCAGUCUCUCUUUUUCUCCCACCUAUGAAUACUGGGAAAUUAAUGAAGUAAUAUAAAUGUCCUCUCAAACAUCAUAAGACGUAGCAUAUUAACAUGAGAGUUGAAAUAUAUAAUCACCUCAUGACCAAGAUCUAAAAUAGCAUAGGCUCAAGCUCAUAAGGGAAGAUAAUAAAUGUUAAAUACAUGAAUUAAUAUUUUAUUGUACUGGGUAAAACUGAUAGGUUUACAGAAACUUAUAGACUAUUACAGACUUUGGUGAGAUGUAAGUUAUGUAUAUCAUAAAUAACAGGAAACAUGCAGAGUUAAUAUCAGACCACAAUGUACGUUUACCUACAACAUGAAUAUGUCUAGGAUUUUGAUUUAUUGAAGAGAAAUGAAACUUGUCUGGGCCUUUUGUCUUUACUCAGCUGAACUCCAGAUGUGACACAUAAUAAAAAAAAAAAUCAGUCAAUUCCUUUCUCUCAUGUCCUUUGACCUCCAGAUGAAACAUCAUAUUUGUUGUAUGACAAAAUGUUUCUGUUACAUAAUCACUUUUAUCCAAUUUCAUCACACCAACUGUACAUAAUUAUGUCAUUCUCUUACACUGGCACAGGAUCUCUUAAAAAUAAUUGAAAUGGCUGUGGAAAAUCUAAUAAACUAAGAA